CUGCGUCCCUUGGUGUCUCUCAUCCACCUUCCUUGUUGGAGGUGGCGCGACACCGAGCCGUAAAGCGCAGCGGUAGCCAUAGAGACUGUCAGCUGGUCUAGUAGGGGAAUAGGGGCUACUGAGGAGCAGUGGUGCCUUCAUCUUUUAGGAAGAGAGGAGCAGGAGGUAAGAGAGAGAUCAUGACUGGAAACAGUCUCGUUCUUCCCAUAGUCCUCUGGGGACGUAAAGCUCCGACCCACUGCAUCUCCUCGGUGCUGGUGAUGGAUGACCUGGAGACGGUGGUAACCGGAUGUCACGAUGGGCAGAUCUGCCUCUGGGACCUUUCACCGGACCUGGAAAUCAGUCCUCGGGCCCUGCUGUUUGGCCACACAGCUUCCAUCACCUGCUUAUCGAAGGCAUGCGCGUCCAGUGACAAGCAGUACAUAGUGAGCGCGUCUGAAAGCGGAGAGAUGUGCCUUUGGGAUGUGAGCGACGGGAGAUGCGUGGAGUUUACCAAGUUAGCGUGUACACACACCGGAAUACAGUUCUAUCAGUUCUCGGUGGGCACGCAGCGCGAGGGGAGGCUGCUUUGCCAUGGGCAUUACCCAGAAGUCCUGGUGGUGGAUGCCAGCAGCUUGGACGUCUUAUACACUUUAGUAUCAAAGAUCUCCCCCGAUUGGAUUAGUUCGAUGAGCAUUAUUCGGUCGCACAGGACCCAAGAAGAUACAGUCGUAGCCGUUUCGGUCACCGGGAUCCUCAAAGUCUGGAUAAUAACAGCAGAAGUUCACCGAAUGCAGGACACAGAGCCGGUGUUUGAAGAGGAAUCCAAGCCGAUUUACUGCCAGAACUGCCAAAGCAUUUCGUUCUGCACAUUUACCCAAAGGUCGCUCUUGGUCGUAUGCGCUAAAUAUUGGAGGGUUUUUGAUGCCGGGGACUAUUCCUUGUUAUGCUCCGUCCCGAAUGAAGACGGUCAGACAUGGACCGGCGGUGACUUUAUAUCAGCGGAUAAAGUGAUUAUCUGGACAGAAGAUGGCCAAAGUUUCAUUUACAAACUUCCAGCCAGCUGUAUACCAGCCAGCGACUCCUUCCGCAUUGACGUGGGGAAAGCCAUUGAAAAUGCGAUCCCUCCGCUGCUUUAUAGCGUCAUGCCGAAAGAAGAUAAGCAGGAUCAGGGAAGUUGCGAUGUGGAGGCCGAGGUCCGGAUUCCGGCUUGCGAACGUCUGUGUGACCGGUCACAAGUCAGGGAGCUGUACACCCCGCAGACUUUGUGUCGUGUGCGCCCCCUAGAGGCAAUAAUGCUAAUCUGCCCUCCGGUGACCAAGUUUUUUUAUGGGCGCAGAGUAUCUUUCCACAAACUUCUCAUCCAGGGAGAUUCUUCGGGCCGGCUGUGUAUCUGGAGCAUUCCUGAGGACCUUGACCAGCACGAGACCAAAGGUGGUGACACCGGCCUGAGAAUCACCACCACCACGUCUCUCCAAGAGGCUUUUGACAAACUUAACCCCCUCCCAGCCGGGAUCAUCGACCAGCUCAGCGUGAUGCCCAACAGCGCCGAACCUCUUAAGGUUACGGCCAGCGUGUACAUCCCAUCCCACGGGCGGCUGGUGUGCGGCCGAGAAGAUGGCAGCAUCGUUAUCGUUCCCGCCACCCAGACGGCCAUAGUUCAGCUCUUGCAAGGGGAGCAUAUGCUCCGAAGAGGGUGGCCUCCUCACCGGACUCUCCGGGGACAUCGAAACAAAGUAACAUGCAUACUGUACCCCCACCAAGUGUCCUCCCGCUACGAUCAGCGCUACCUGAUAUCCGGGGGCAUGGAUUUCUCUGUAAUCGUGUGGGACAUCUUCUCGGGCGAGAUGAAACACAUCUUCUGUGUGCACGGAGGUGAAAUCACGCAGCUUCUCGUCCCACCAGACAGCUGUAGUACAAGAGUGCAGCAUUGCAUCUGCUCGGUUGCCAGCGAUCACUCCGUAGGUCUACUGAGCUUGAGAGAAAGGAAAUGCAUCAUGCUGGCGUCCCGCCAUCUCUUUCCCAUCCAAGUCAUAAAGUGGAGGCCGUCGGACGAUUACCUGGUGGUCGGAUGCUCAGACGGCUCCGUGUACGUUUGGCAGAUGGAUACCGGUGCUCUAGAUCGAUGUGUGAUGGGAAUCACGGCCGUGGAGAUUCUGAACGCCUGCGAUGAGGCCGUCCCGGCAGCUGUUGAGACUCUCAGCCAUUCAGCCGUUAAUCUGAAGCAAGCAAUGACCAGGCGCAGUCUCGCUGCGCUCAAAACCGUAGCGCAUCACAAGCUCCAGACCCUCGCCACCAACCUUCUGGCCUCGGAGGCAUCCGACAAAGGGAAUUUGCCUAAAUAUUCUCAUAACUCCCUGAUGGUGCAAGCAAUAAAGACCAAUCUAACGGACUCGGACAUACACCUGCUCUUCUUUGAUGUGGAAGCGCUAAUUAUUCAGCUACUCACUGAAGAAGCCUCCAGGCCAAAUACUACACUUAUCUCUCCAGAGAGUUUGCAAAAGGCAUCUGGCAGUUCUGACAAAGGGGGCUCGUUCUUGGCUGGCAAACGAGCAGCGGUUCUUUUUCAACAGGUCAAGGAAACCAUCAAAGAGAACAUUAAAGAACAUCUCCUCGAUGACGACGACGAAGACGAGGAAGCUAUGAGACAGAAGAGGGAAGAAAGUGACCCGGAGUACCGCUCCAGCAAAUCUAAACCGCUGACGCUGCUUGAGUACAACCUGACGAUGGACACCGCUAAGCUUUUUAUGUCGUGUCUUCACGCCUGGGGCUUGAAUGCCGCGCUAGACCAAGUUUGCCUGGAACGUCUCGGGAUGCUUAAACCGCAUUGCCCGGUUUCGUUUGGUCUACUCUCGAGAGGUGGCCAUAUGUCCCUGAUGCUUCCAGGGUUUAACCAGGCCCUUUGCAGGGAGCCCGAUGGAAAUGUAGUCGUAGGCAGAAAAAUGUCAAUUAGUGAAGGACUCGGAAAGGGCACUUAUGGAGUGUCACGUGCUGUCACGACCCAGCAUCUCCUGUCACUUAUAUCUCUGGCAAAUACAUUGAUGAGCAUGACCAAUGCUACUUUCAUUGGAGAUCACAUGAAGAAAGCUCCCCAGAGGCCGCCGCGAUCCGGAUCUCCGGAACUAUCGAAGGGCAAGGCUUCCCCGCAGCACACCAGCGUUGCGAUGCAAGGGCAGAUCAAACAAGCUGUCGCCCCUGAUGCUUCUGCUGGCACUGAUGCCAAUCCCUCCGGCUCUGAACGCGCUUUACAUUCCUGUUUCUCGGUCAAUGAAGGAUGGAGCCAGUUGGCGGCCAUGCACUGCGUUAUGCUGCCCGACUUGUUGGGACUGGCCAAGUUUAGACCCCCUCUUCUUGAAAUGCUCGCACGGAGGUGGCAAGACCGGUGCUUGGAGGUUAGAGAAGCGGCCCAAGCUCUUCUUCUUGCAGAGCUGAGGAGGAUUGGGCAAACGGGACGCAAAGAAACCAUCGAUUCCUGGGCUCCAUAUUUGCCCCAGUAUGUUGACACCAUUAUGUCACCCGGUGUGACCGCAGAAUCGAUUCAGACCGGGAGCGCGAGUCCUGAAUCGGUUGGGUCAGAGGUCAAAGUUCAGGAGGAGGAACAUGAUCUGGUGGAUGAUGAUAUCACAGCAGGCUGCCUUUCUAAUCUGCCGCUGAUGAAAAAAGCGGCACCUUCGUACGAGGAGAGACGCAAGCAGGCCACCGCCAUCGUGCUGCUGGGCGUGAUCGGAGCGGAGUUUGGAGCCGAGAUUGAGCCGCCAAAGUUGUUGACCCGGCCGAGGAGCUCCAGCCAGAUCCCCGAAGGGUUCGGUCUGACCACCGGCGGCUCGAACUACUCUCUUGCCAGGCACACGUGCAAAGCCUUAACGUUCCUCCUGCUGCAACCGCCAAGCGCCAAGCUGCCUCCUCACAGCACCAUACGCAGGACAGCGAUUGAUCUGAUUGGACGGGGCUUUACCGUUUGGGAACCAUAUAUGGACGUGUCCGCCGUGCUAAUGGGUCUUCUGGAACUCUGUGCCGAUGCCGAGAAACAGCUGGCAAACAUCACAAUCGGGCUGCCCCUGAGUCCGUCCGCAGACUCCGCCCGCUCUGCGAGACACGCUCUUUCUCUGAUUGCCACGGCGAGACCACCCGCCUUCAUAACAACAAUUGCUAAGGAGGUUCACAGACAUACAGCCCUGGCGGCCAACGCGCAGUCUCAGCAAAACAUUCACACAACCGCUCUGGCCCGCGCCAAAGCCGAGAUCCUGAGGGUUAUAGAAAUACUUAUCGAAAAAAUGCCCUCUGAUGUGGUCGAUCUCUUGGUGGAGGUGAUGGACAUUAUAAUGUACUGCUUGGAAGGGUCGUUGCUGAAAAAGAAAGGUCUUCAGGAGUGCUUCCCCUCCGUGUGCAGGUUUUACAUGGUGAGCUACUGCGACCGAAGUCACAGAAUAGCGGUGGGAGCCCGCCACGGCUCCGUGGCCCUCUACGAUAUCCGAACUGGAAAAUGCCAGAAUAUCCACGGACAUAAAGGGCCUAUUACAGCCGUUUCUUUUGCGCCGGAUGGGCGGUAUCUCGCCACCUACUCAAACAAAGACAGCCAUAUCUCUUUCUGGCAGAUGAACACCUCCUUGCUGGGAAGCAUCGGGAUGCUGAACUCGGCCCCGCAGCUGCGGUGCAUCAAAACCUACCAGGUCCCACCGGUGCAGCCUGCCUCGCCCGGCUCCCUCAACGCCCUGAGACUGGCCCGGCUCAUCUGGACGUCCAAUCGCAACGUUAUCCUGAUGGCUCACGACGGCAAGGAGCACCGGUUCAUGGUUUAGGCUGAGGCUUGUGCACACCCGGUGGCCCUUGUAUGUCUAUAGCAUGAUACCCCCCCCCUUGUCAUUGACUUUCAUAUCAGUCGCAGGAGGCAGCCUUACCGGUGCAUGAGUAUCCAACGAGAGCUGUGUAUACCAGCCGUAGGACAAGAGAAUAUAUUCGUUUCCAUAUCUACUGUGUUAAGGUUCCCAACUGCCCGUCAGAAUUCCGACCCUUUCAUUGUAGAGGUGUUUCACCGUUGUGUUUUAGCUUUGCGCAGGAGCAAAAAGGGGUCUCUUAUUUUAACGCACAGAUGUCUCACGAGUCAAGCAGUGUUUGGGUGUUGCUGUUGUGUACAAUGAAGAUUGUAUAUAUUUUUUAGGUUACUUUAAGUAUUGUUUACAUUGAGUGUCAUUCUCUUAGGCUAUAAAUGUCUUCCUUUUAUUGCUUUAAAUGUGUGCUCUGCGUGUAUUUAAAACGAAUAUUUUCUGUUCCGUCGUUUCAACCGGAGAGAGCUGAAGGAUGCAAUUUGGAAUCAGAAUAAAUAACUUAAAACAAAGUCUCA